AUGGUGGAGAGAACGAUACCAGUGGUGGACUUUGCUGUGAUGGGUUUAAAUCGUGAAAAGCCUCCAACACUCAACGAAGAAUCCGUGAGGGUACUGGCAGAUCAAAUUCACAAAGCGUUUAGUACAAUUGGCUUCGUGUAUUUAACAAAUCAUGGAAUAUCUGAGAAGGAGGUAGGUAAUCACAAAAUGGUUUGCAUAUGCCUUGUAAAAAUAAUUGUAACAAGACGCCUAAAGGCGUUUCCGUGAGAUGCGUUGGCUACUGAACGUAGCAUUGAAAGGAAUUGUGCAGUUACUGUAAACUACCACGACUAGUCAGAUAGAUCAGCCGGAGAAAUCACUGCAGGAAAUUUAAGUGUUAAAAAGAUUGUGACAUGGCUAUUUUUGUAAUUGACUGAAAAUAGCGAAGAGUGGCAGCUCUAAAACCUUUGGAUUUUUCUGAAAAAAACUGCAACUCCACCUACUGAUUUCCUCGUCUCAUCGCCUGUUUCAUCCCUCCUAAGAGCAACAGCCCGGUUAAAACAAUUUCCAUCUCCGCUGUUGUUUAUCAAAAACGUCAGUAAGUUCGUAAACAGGCUAUAUACUCUUUCAUACUAGUAAAAGACUGUACUAAGUUAUUUCCAAGAGAUUUGUAGUUAAUUUUGUGAUAUUUUAAGACCACUGCGCGAUGUCAAUUCCAAAAUCACCUUACGUAAGGUGAGAGGUUAAUCGGUAGAUUUUAUUUCAUAUUUCAUGGUUCAUUAAUCACACAAAAACGUACGCUUCCCUCGGAAAAAACGCAGCCUCAAUUAAUGAAUAUGGAAUAAGGAAAAACAACACACACAAAAAAGAAAUCGAAUAAAGCACCACAACAUGUCAAAUAAAUUCGACUAUCUCCUUUAUCUAAUCAAAGUAUACUUAUAGCCAUUUCGUGCUUUAAGUACUUAAUCUACAGAUGAAACAUGGUUGUGAACUUCUAAUUAUUGGUCUUGCAGCAAUGUAAGGUUGCUCUACAUUAUGGUAAACAUCCAACUCCGCAGAAUAAUUAACGUACAAAUAGAACACAAAAACAGCACAAAAUAGCAUCCUGCAUUUUUUGAAUUUCCAUUUGCAAAAUUUCUUCAAAUCAGCCGCUGGAAUCCAAAUCUUACUUUGCCUGCACAGUAGCUCAAUAUAUAUUUGCUUGUAAUGUCAUGACCUUUGUUUACUUGGUUUUCUCCAGCUUUUAUAAGAUAAGUUUUCUGCCUUGGAACAAAAAUACCUCAGAACCACACUCAAUGUGACUGCUCUUUUUUUGACUGUGUGAAAUAAGGUAUACAGAAACAAAUUCCACAGGUUCUGUUUUGUCAGUAAAGCAAAGGAUUAUUUUUGUGUGCUUCUGAUCAAUCCAACUGCCAAUGUUUACAUAACAUAAAAAUCAAUAAAGAUUUUAUGUGUUCCUAUUGGCUAGCUUUUCAAUUUGUUCAUGAAAUGAAACAGAAACCCAGCUGGAUUUUUACCCUAGUAUGCCACAGGCAUCCCACAGAAUGAGUAGAGAAAAACAACUUAUCAGAUAUUUUAAAAGUGAGGUAUCCCAAGUUUCAGACUUCAUUUCUUUUUAAUAGUCUAACAACUUAAGAACAAAUUACAUAACAUUGUACAAAGUUGUCAUGUGAAUUAUUUUUUUGAAACAUUCAUGUUCUGUUUUGAUCGGAGAUAUAUAUGCUAGAUUGCAGAAGUUCGCCAGGCAGGAGGUGGAUUUUUCAAUCUCUCAACUCAGGUGAAAAAGCCUUUCAUUCGACCUACUGAUGGUAGAAACUUUGGCUGGGUUUCACUUGAGAGGGAAAGGUAAUGAAAAUGGUAAUGGUGAUUUAAAUAUAUUGAAUGUAAAAGUUUUAUGGUUGAAUUGCCUAGGGAGGGGGUGACUUCCUAUUAAUUUGCAGCUGGAUGAGGUUGCUUUUUUCACGACUGGGUGGACUUUAGUGAGGUUACCUUUUUUACUAGAAAGGGGUCACAUGUUUUCAGAAUAUUGGGGGUAAGAAAAUAAUGGUAUACAGUCAGUUUAAUAAAUUUGUGAACUCAUUUUAGAAUGAGUUACUUUAUAGACUUUAUAAGGUAAUGCAUAAACAGGAAACCAACUAAGUUUGGAUUGAAAGUUACAUUUGCCCUAAAGUGACUGAGAUGGGGUCUUUAAUUAGCCACAGAUUAAACUAUAAUGGGGUAGGGGUCCUAAGAGGCCAGUGGUACAUACCCAACAAAAAUUGACCCAAUUAAACCCCCCCUCCCUCUCCUAGGCUGAUUUACAGUUUGAAAUAAGUGAUUAGAGUGUAGGAUUGUGUAGGUUUUCUUCUUUUAGACAGGAGGGGUCUCUCAUUGGAUUGAUUAAUGCAUGUAUUUUAUGUUAAGUAAACUUUCAUAUGUUGUUAUUGAAUAUUAUUCCAGGUGGGGGCAAUUAAAACAGAAGCUGUUUUGAUUUAAAACAAGUUAUCCUUGCAACUGUCAAUUAUCUAGUUUAGUGGUUAAUUCCCUGUUUUUGAUGUAAACCAAUAAUCAAUUUUUCCUAACAGCUUGAAUCCUUCUCGACCUGGUGACUUAAAGGAAGCAUUUAAUGUUUGUGAGCUUCAUGAUGAAACACAGGUCAGUGAUACUACUGACAGAAAUAUGUAUCAAUAAUUUAAGUUACCACCUGACGUUUUAGACUGACAGCUUUUCUGACAAAACCUUGUGAUGAAUGACUUUUUAAUGUUGGAAAUUCUUGCUCUGAAUAAAAGAAUGCAUUUAAUCUCAUGUGGUGCUACAUCAGUGGGGGAGCACAAAAGGAUACUUUUAUUAGUAUUAUCUACCAAGUUGAUAAUGUAAAUUGGCCACUGGAAAGAGUUUAAAAGCUGAAAUUUUGAGCAUUAGCCCUUUGUCCCAUCACUCCAAGGAAGAGCUACACUUGAAUUGUCAGCUUAUAAAGCCUUUAUGGUGGCCAAUUUGCAUUGUCAACUCAGUUGAUAAUACCAAAUUACCAUGUUAAUUGAAUAUUUGAUAUUUUUAGAAGUGGCCUGAUGAAGAGGUACCAGAAUUUAAGCCUGUGGUGACUUCAUUUUUCAACAAAUGCAAAGAUCUAGCAUUUAGAAUUCUGGAUGUUAUUGGUAUUGGACUCAAUUUACAAGUAUGUAUUUAAAAUAUAUAAACAUAUAUUAUAUAUAUGCUGACAUUUUUAAGUUGACAUUUCGAGUAUUAGCACUUCAUCAGAGUGAUUGGAUGAAGGACUAACACUUGAAAUUUCAGAUUUUAAACUCUUUCUGGUGGCAAUUUGUAUAUGUAUAUAUAUGUUUAUGUACAUAUAUAUAUAUACAAGUUCAAGAAUUAAAGAGGAUGCAUCGAUUCUCUGUAUAUAGUUUUCUUAGUUCAGAUAAAGUGCCAUCUUAAUUAGCUUCGGUGGAAAUCGAAAGUGAAUAUAGUUAUUUAUAUUUGUAAUCAGGCAGUCCCUUACAGAGAGAGGUCUGGGUCAAGUCAUGUAGUUUCACCAUAAUCAAUGAAUAACAUGGAGUUUCCUUUUUUCCCUACACAAUUUAAAAAGUACAACUUUUCACUGUAAAUAUGGUACUGGCUGCUGUACAGGAUUAGGAAGAUGCUGGAGAAACAGACCCAAUGUUAUUAAUUGUAACUGUAGUCUCUCAGUACAUUUACAACUCACAGCAUUAUAACCAGGCAUUACAAUGACAUAUCCAGAGUAACAAUAAUUGUAGUGAACUUAAUUAUGCCAGCUGCCCAUCACAAAAAACCUUAUUGUUGGGGAAAACCUGAAUCCUCUUCCACAUACAGUCAGGCAAGACCCGAAGGAGAGAGGUUGCUGAACUAUAAAAUGUUUUGAAGCUACAGACUCCAAUGGAAUGAAUUUUUUAAAAAAGAACUCAAUAGAUGAACAUGAGGCAGAAUGAUUUCCCACAAUGAAAUCUUGCAGAAUGUACCCUUGUCUAUGUUGCUCUAGCAACUGUUGGUUUCAGUGUAACAUGAAAAGGUUAAUUUGCAGCUAUUCUGUGAACCACAGCAAAAAGCAAAAUGUUUCUUGUCUUAUCAGCUGUGCAUGAUCAUUAUGUUUGUUAAGAUGUAAAAACCACUAGAGAAAUACUUGUCCAAAUAUUUUCUGGCAGAUAUCAGCGUUUGUCAACUCUCUUGAUUUGUGUUAUUUGUUCAUAGUGCAUCUUUCAGAUCAGAUCCUUUAUUUAGGUGGGUCAUUUUUUUUAUUCUUGCUUCAUUCUUUCCUUUAAAGGAUCCACACUGGUUGUCGCAAGUACAUGGUGCCAUAGGUACCUUGGAUAAUGCAACUGCCUUACGGCUAUUACACUACCCACCCCUCCCUGACAAGUAUAACAUCAAGCCUGGACAAGUGCGCUGUGGGGAGCAUAGUGAUUAUGGCUCAAUUACACUGCUUUUUCAAGAUGAGAUCGGUGGAUUAGAGGUAUGAGUUAGCAGGGGGAAUUCUGUUAAGGAUUUAAAAAUGGGAAGAUUCACAAUUAGAUAAUGACUUGUGUUGAGAUUCAGAAAUUGCAUUUGCCCAAAUUGACUAAGAUGGGGUCCAUAGUUGAGUAUAUAGAAUGGGGUAGGGUUUCUUAGAGUGCAACAUCACAUACCCAGCAAAUAUCGACCUGAGAAAAAAUGACAGAAGAAACUCUUUCAACUUCUAUGUUUCCAUAAUUUGUCACAUCAGGUGCUCCCAGUAGAUGGAGAAUACACUCCGGCUGUACCUAUUCCUAAAACAGUGCUGGUUAAUAUUGGAGAUCUCAUGCAAAGAUGGACAGCUGACAAAUUGAUCUCCACUGUAAGUGGAAACACACCUCCUAAUUUUAAAAAAUGUUAAGUAUCAAGAACCACAAGAAAAGGCAAGGUGAAGUUAAGCAGAAAAUUUAAAGCUAUCUUGUUAUGUGCACAGAAUAGCAGUUAAAACUAUUUCAGAUGCACCUUGCUGUAUAGCAAGAAUAAUUUGUUACAAGGUAUUAUGAUUCAUUCUCCCAAGUGCAACUCUCUCAAGGACCCCUUAUGUUUUGUUUUGCUCAAUUCUUAUUACCUGCUUUUCUUCCCCAAACUAUUUGAGUUGGUGGUAGUCAGAGAAGAAUUACACCAUUGCAAGCUGUGAUUACUAUCACUAGAAAUACUAAUAGCGCAACAUUUGUCAAUAAAUUGUGUCCUUGAUGGUUUUCAGAAACAUAGAGUACUUAUACCAGAAGAAGAAGUGAAGCAGAGAAUUGUACGCCGUUCUUUAGCUUUCUUUGUUCACCCUGAUAAUGAAGUCAUGAUCGAGUGUCUUGAUGGAUCAAAUAAACAUCCUCCAAUCACAUCGAUGGGAUAUCUACAACAGAGAUUUGCUGCAACUUAUUAACUUAGUCACAAAAAAUAACUCAAGGGAAUUUGUAGGUUCAUUAGAAGCAGCUCAGGGUUGAAACCAUGAUUAUAAUAAUUAGAGGUAUCAUGACACAUACCCUGAUGAAAAAUAUGGAUCCAGAAAAAUUCUGCUAUACAAGUAAACUAAGUGUUUCUUUUUUUUUUUAAUCGAUGAUUUUGAUUGCAACAUUACUUUUUAUUAUUGAAUUACCUUUUAGUAUCAAGUUCAAUUUUAGAAAGGGUUGUUCCAAGUUAAAUUUAUCAACACUGUUACUUAUGUGAGGAUCAAACCCUUUGACUUACAAACUAUCAAAGCUGUUGUCACUAAAACAAAGUACUCAUGACAACUUAGUUGUACAUUCCUUUCAAGAGUCAUCCUUAUUUACGGAUGGAAGGAAAAAACGGAAACAAAGGAGAUACAACAGCUUAAUUCUGUUGAUUACAAACCAACCCUCGUUACACCAAGAACAAACAUGAGUAAAUUUCGGAGAUGCCUAAUGGAAGGAAUUUAGAUCAUUUUUUAGGGAAAAAGGUUCCCAGUCCUUUCUAUACCAGAAAUACACAAGUUCAAAACAUUUUAAGAAACUCCCUAAAAUAGCCAAUGUUAUAAUGUCUCUGUUUUUGUUAUUGAAGCAAUGUCCAAAAAAACUCCCCACACUUUGAAUUCUUAAAUUAAAGAUAAACCUCAUCACAGUGGUAAACAAACCCAUGACCAUGCAUAUUAGUUUAUGUUAAGAAAUUUGUUUUUUGUGCCAUUUGGUUAUCCAUCUUUGAAUACACAAUCUCAAAAUAAUAUGUUUUCAAAAAUAAAUGUUUACAUGUAAAGAUGGCAUAAUGCCUCAUUCACACCAACAAAAAUCAGUCCUAGAAAACUGCGAGAGGGAAUUAUAUAUUGAUAGUAAUUAUUUUAUCACCAACUUUCAAUUGCUAACUUUGAUGUUGACAAACACCAGUUUUUCAAAAUGAUGUUUAGAGGCUGGGGUUAUUUUAAGAAAAAAAAUUCAAACUUUUUUACAAAACAACUUUGAAUCUUAUUUCAGUCUUGGUGUGAAUGGGGUAGGCAUCUGAUAAAAGUAAUUGUCUGAGACAGAAAAAACCACAUAAACAUACACCUUACAAUUCUUAAUUCCUCAUAAUAACACUUUUCUCCCUCUGUUAAAUCAUUCUGUCUUUAGCAUGAUAAAUAUUACUGUUCCCAAGGAGUUAAAUACACAGAAACCAAGCACAAACUAUUCUUCAUUUCUUUUCAAACAGUUACUCACCUAGUUACCUAAUUACAUACAAUGGAUAAAAUCCCUGUAUUAAUGAUAUUUAUCCAUUAUAAGUGUUUUUCCAAGGUUUGACUGACAUCUCUUUUCUUCUUGAAGCAACUAUUUGAGUAAUGUUAUCACUUAAUUGUUGAUAUUGUAAAUUUUUAAUUUUAAUCACUGAUUUAUUGUUAACUAUCAUAGCACAAUAAAUAUGUGAUGAAACUCUAGUUACUGAUAUUUAUAUAAUAUUAAAUUAAGCCAAGAAGAAUUGAGAUGCUCAAUUAUAAACUAAUAGCUGUAAAGAUUUCCCUUCAUCAAUGUCCCUAUGCCUAGA